GAAUCAAAUGUUCCUGUUUUAGCACUGCAUAGAGGAGCAAAGACCAGUAUGGUUUCUAUAUUCUGGCAUGGGAGGACAGUGGAGGGGAAUGAGCCAACAACUAAUGGAAAUCGAUGUUUUUGCUUCAUCCAUGAGGAAAUGUGCAGAAGUUAUAAAGCCUUAUGGUUUGGAUCUCUUCGAAAUAAUUAGUUCGGAUUCAGAUCUACUGGAACAAGAUAGGAAUAUUCUACCAGCAUUUGUCGCAACCGCAGCUAUACAGAUUUCUCUAAGUGACGUUUUACGACACAUUGGCAUACGGCCUGAUGGCUUAACAGGUCACAGCACCGGUGAAGUGGGAGCUAGUUAUGGAGAUGGUUGCUGUACUUUAGAAGAAACGAUGUUAUUGGCUUUGAAUAGAGGAUUAUCAGUUAAAGAAGCAAUCAAUGAAAUUGCUUAUGGGUCUAUGGCUGUUACAAAUCUUUCUUGGAAAGAAGCGCUUGAAAUGUGUCCAGAAAAUGUAUUCCCAACCUGUAAUAAUUCAGAUAGCUUGGUUACACUUUCCGGACUGAAGAAUGACGUCGAAAAUUUUGUAGAUCAACUUAAGAAGCAGAACCGUUUUGCUAGAAUUGUAAAUUGUUAUGGUUUAGCCUUUCACUCGAAAUAUAUAUAUCCUGCAGCUGAAAGACUGAGACUCAAAAAAGCUAUAAAGGUACCCAAAAGAAGAACGAAACGUUGGCUGAGUACUUCUGUACCUGAAGCUGAGUGGGAACAUUCUGAAUGCCAAAUUGUUGGUGACGAUUAUUUCGUAAAUAAUCUUAUUUCUACAGUUAAAUUCAACGAAGUACUGAAGAAAAUUCCUCUAAAUGCUAUCACUAUCGAAAUUGGUCCACAUGGCUUGCACACACCAACAUUAAAAAGAGCUAUCGGUGAAAAAGUUACAAGUAUCGCUACGAUGAAUAGAAAUGACCCCAAUAGUAUCAGUUUUUUCUUGGAAUCCAUUGGAAAGUAUGUAUGA